AGACUGAGAGGAGAAAUGGAGCAGCAGGCAGUUCAGGUGGACCUAGAAACCUACUCCUGUUCGAUCUGUCUGGAUCUACUGAAGGAUCCAGUGACUAUUCCCUGUGGACACAGUUACUGUAUGAACUGUAUUAAAACACACUGGAAUCAAGAGGAUCAGAAAGGAAUCCACAGCUGUCCUCAGUGCAGGAAAACUUUCAUACCGAGGCCUGACCUGGAGAAGAACACCAUGUUAGCAGCUUUAGUGGAGCAGCUGAAGAAGACUGGACUCCAAGCUGCUCCUGCUGAUCACUGCUAUGCUGGACCUGAAGAUGUGGCCUGUGAUUUCUGCACUGGAAGAAAACUGAAAGCCAUCAAGUCCUGUUUAUUCUGUCUGGCCUCUUACUGUGAGAAACACCUUCAGCCUCAUUAUGAUGUGGCUCCAUUACACAAACACAAGCUGGUGGAGCCCUCCAAGAACCUCCAGGAGAACAUCUGCUCUCGUCAUGAUGAGGUGAUGAAGAUGUUCUGCCGUACUGAUCAGAAGUGUAUCUGUAGUCUCUGCUCUGCGGAGGAACAUAAAGGCCACGACAAAGUCUCAGCUGAAGCAGAAAGGACUGAGAGGCAGAGAGAGCUGGAGGUGAGACGAGAAGAAAUCCAGCAGAGAAUCCAGGACAGAGAGAAAGAUGUGAAGCUGCUUCAACAGGAGGUGGAGGCCAUCAAUCACUCUGCUGAUAAAACAGUGGAGGACAGUGAGAAGAUCUUCACUGAGCUGAUCCGUCUCAUCCAGAAAAGAAGCUCUGAUGUGAAGCAGCAGAUCAGAUCCCAGCAGGAAACUGAAGUGAGUCGAGUCAAAGAGCUUCAGGAGAAGCUGGAGCAGGAGAUCACUGAGCUGAAGAGGAAAGACGCUGAGCUGAAGCAGCUCUCAAACACAGAGGAUCACAACCAGUUUCUCCACAACUACCCCUCACUGUCAGCACUCAGUGAGUCUACACACUCAUCCAGCAUCAAUAUCCGUCCUCUGAGAUACUUUGAGGAUGUGACAGCAGCUGUGUCAGAGCUCAGAGAUAAACUACAGGACAUCCUGAGAGACACAUGGACAAACAUCUCACUGACCCUCACUGAGGUGGAGGUUUUACAGUCAGAACCAGAACCAAAGAGCAGAGCUGGAUUCUUAAAAUAUUCAUGUGAAAUCACACUGGAUCCAAACACAGCAAACACAUGGUUGUUACUAUCAGAGGAGAACAGGAAGGUGAAGAGAAUGGAUCAACUUCAGUCUUAUUCUCGACAUCCAGACAGAUUCACAAAUUGCCUUCAGGUUCUGAGUAGAGAGAGUCUGACUGGACGUUGUUACUGGGAGGUGGAGUGGAGAGGAGAACUAAUUUCUGUAGCAGUUGCAUACAAGAACAUCAGCAGAGUAGGAUGUGGGAAUGAAUGUAGAUUUGGAUGUAAUGACAAAUCUUGGGCAUUAAGAUGUUCCCAAGACAGUUAUAGAUUUGUUCACAACAACAUCUGGACCUCCAUCUCAGGUCCUGGUUCCUCCAGAGUAGGAGUGUACCUGGAUCACAGAGCAGGUCUUCUGUCCUUCUACAGCGUCUCUGAAACCAUGACUCUCCUCCACAGAGUCCAGACCACAUUCACUCAGCCGCUACAUGCUGGAGUUGGAGUUGGGUUGAAAUCUUCUGCAGAGUUGUGUAAACCCAAAUAGAUGUUCUGUCUUGUUUCUGAUUGUUGAUCAGGGUUCAUGGUUCUGAUGUCUCUGCUCUGCUGUUCUGUUCUUCUUCAUUGUUCUUGUUUAAAUGUAGUUCUCUGUGUCUGUGUUCCAGGAACCAGAAAGGAUUUCACUGCUGAUGUUUUCUUUCAUUCUUAUUUGACACAGAAAUAUUUCUCCACAUGAAAAUCUAAACUUCUCUGGGCUCUAAUGGUUCUGGUUUCAUAUUUGUAUUGAUGUAUUUGUAUCUUCUGGUUUCUCUUCCACUGUUCUGCAGAACAAAUGUUGUUCUUGUUUAAAUCAGUUGAGAUUGAAGUGAACUGAACUUGCUUCUGGUUUCUUUAUUGUGAUCCAAAGAAGAAAACUGAAACUAACAUCAACUUAGAACUGAUGCUGUUUUCUUCUGAAUCCUUUAGAUUUAGAUCAGAAAAAUAUAUGUCUGCUGUUCUGUCUCUUUGGAUUUCUUCAAUAAAACAACUUGAUUCCAGAGAAA